GCUCGUUUGCAGCUCGAUCGACGGAUCGACGGUUCGACGGAUCGCAACGGAACUUGCUCAGUUGAAAUGCGAACUUGGCGAGAUCCAGACACGACCGUCGGCUAAAUCCAUACUCUUACUCAAAACACUCGAAAUAACCCACAUAGCAGACACUUGACACCCCGUCGUAAUCAAAUUAACACCCACGCACAUGAGACUCUGACUUUGCGCCUUGAUUUGCAUAAUUGACGCUAAUCAACCGCGUCUCGUGCUCGCCAAAAAAGAAGCGCGGUGACAGAAAUACAACUCUCGUACUCGAAAAUAAGAGCCCCCCUCCGCCAUAUGUCGCCGGGCGUACCCUUUGUGUGUGUGUGGAAACCAUUGUGACCAAGUGACAAAAAAAAAGGCAAAGCUAAGGCUAAAUAUAUACAAUUAUGAUCACCAUGAACGAGCUGGUGGAUCUGCGCAUGCAGCAGCACAUCGCGCACGAGAUAUAUCGCCAGCAGAUCAUGCAGCGCAUACCGGAUCCCUUUCCGCCCAUGCUGCCCAUACCCAUGCCCCGCCACGUGAUCAUGCCACCGCGAGUCACCCUGCCCGGCGUGGAGAUGACUCUCCAGAACGACGAUCUCUGGAAGCAGUUUCAUCAAAUUGGCACGGAAAUGAUCAUCACCAAGAGCGGCAGACGCAUGUUCCCCUCGAUGCGCCUCAGUGUUUCCGGCCUGGAGGACGAGACCAAUUACUGCGUGCUCCUCGAGAUGGUGCCUAUAGGUGACUGUCGCUACAAGUUCUCCGGCUCGCAGUGGGUUCCGGCUGGAGGUGCUGAGCCCCAGAGUCCGCAGCGGAUGUAUCUGCAUCCGGAUAGCCCUGCCACUGGAUCUCAUUGGCAGGCGCAGCCCAUACUCUUCAACAAGGUGAAGCUGACCAAUAACACGCUCGACAACAGCGGACAUAUCGUCCUGGCCAGCAUGCACAAGUACCAGCCGCGACUCCAUGUCAUACGCACCGCCGACCUGGCGCAGAUUCCCUGGGCCCCACAGCAGGCCUUUGUGUUCGCCGAGACCGAGUUCGUGGCUGUGACAGCUUACCAGAACGAUCGCAUCACCAAGCUGAAGAUCGACAACAAUCCGUUUGCCAAGGGCUUCCGCGAAACGGGACAGUCGCGCUGCAAGCGCAAGAUGUCUUCAUCGCCAACCGGCGAGGAUCAAGAUCAGUCGCUGUCGCACUCCCAAUCCGAGUCUGACAUGUCGCCGGCGAAGGGCAGUGAGGCAGCGAACCCGAUUCCGAACCCAAAUCCAAAUCCCGAUGGCCAGCAAAUUAAGCGACUGAGAUCAAAUGGCUCCGCCUGCUCCUUAUCUUCAUCGCUGGACGAUCAGUCGGCGCCUGGCGCCAGCUCCUUGGGCCUGGGCUCCCCGCCACUGCCGCCUCAGCCGCCCCAGCUACAUCUUCAGCCCCACCAUCCCCUCCAGGCGCGCAGUGCCUCCAGCGUUUUCAUGCAGCACUUUCAGCAGAAUAUGCAAAGUCUUCUGAGACCCUCGCUGGUGGACCUGGCCUGCACCUACUUCGGACGACCCACCCAGGAAUACGGACCAAGUGGAGGAGCAGGUCUCCCCGCAACCUCUCUGUAUCCCCCUGCCUCCAUUUUGGGACCACAUCCUGGCCUGAACCUGCCGCCUGGUCUUUCUGGCUUGGAUCCCAACUCGGAUGAAUCUGGUGCCGAUGACCUUGAACUGGAUGUGGGCAGUGAAACGACCACAACGACGACGACAGUGGAGCAAUCCACGCAAGAACAACCACCUGGUGAACCGUCUACCAGGAGCAAGGGCUUCAGCAUAUCGGCCAUCCUAGGAGGAGGAAGUUAGAAGAACAAUCAAGGAGAUUUUAAUUUAAGGAAAAUUGGGAUAAACUUUACAAUGGAAUCAUGAAAAGGUUUUUGGUAAUCAAAAGGGAAAUUAAGUGGAAAUAUUAAAGAAAGAACGUUUAAAAUAUACAACAACUUUCAAUAGAACAUUUCAACAUUUUAAAUUAUCCCAUUUGUUCUUGUUCCAAAUACAUUAUUCAUGAUUUAAGAUAAUGUUUUUCUUUAGUUCGCUGUACUCAUCUUGAUAUUAUAGUAUAAAAAUCUUAGCCUGAUUAGUUACUAAGCCAAACUAAAUGUUAAGCCAUUAAAGUUACACUAACAUAAGA